CAUGACACAUACAAAAGUCUCAUUCGCUCGUCAAAACAUCAGUGGGCUUAAACGGCGGAGUUGAUAAAGUCAAGGUGACGAUCAGUUGUGAUUUUAUUUUAUUACCUUACAGGACAUGACAGAGUUUGUAUCCGGAUCCUGUAAGAUAAAAUGGCGCUGUCGUUGCCAUUAUAUUUACUUUUGGCCUUUGUUGUCCUCAUUGCAGAAGUGACCAUCUCAUCAGGAAGUAAUGAAUGUGUUGCCAGGAAGUUUGGCCAUGACUCUGUUGUGUGUGAGUGUAAUUCCACAUACUGUGACAGUGUUGGGUCAGUCCCUUUGCCUCCUCCGGGUCAGUACUCCUCCUACCUGAGCAGCAUGGCGGGCAGCAGACUGGAGGCAGCGCAGGGUCUGGUCCAGGUGAACAGCACAGGGACAGGUCUCAGGUUGACUAUCGUUCCCUACCAGAAGUACCAGAGGAUCAGGGGAUUUGGUGGAGCUAUGACGGACGCGGCAGCCAUCAACAUCCUGUCUCUGUCCGCUGGUGCACAGGAUCAGCUGCUCAGACAGUACUUCUCACCUGAAGGUAUUGGCUACAAUGUGGUGCGCGUUCCCAUAGCAAGCUGUGACUUCUCCACCCGUCUAUACACGUAUGCCGAUACUCCUGGAGACUACAACCUGGAUAAUUUCACCCUGUCCCCCGAGGAUGUAAAGAUGAAGAUCCCUCUCCUGCAGCGUGCUCAGGCCUUGUCACCUCGCCCCUUGUCUCUGCUUGCGAGUGCCUGGAGUGCCCCCGCCUGGUUGAAAACUAACGGUGCACUCAUAGGAAAAGGAUCCCUGAAGGGCCAGCCUGGGGGCAAAGAGUACAAAACCUGGGCUCAGUAUUAUAUCAGGUUCCUUGAUGAAUAUGCUAAAUAUAACUUGACCUUCUGGGCUCUGACCACAGGGAAUGAGCCCACUGCAGGAGAGAUGACCCACUACAGUUUCCAGGCUCUAGGCUUCACUCCUGAGGAGCAGAGGGACUGGGUGGCUCUGGACCUGGGCCCUGCUCUGCACACUUCGUCUCAUCCUCACACACACGUCCUCAUACUGGAUGACAACCGCCUGCUGCUGCCGCACUGGGCCAAAGUGGUGUUAAAUGAUAUUCAUGCAGGAAAGUACAUUCAUGGUGUUGCAGUUCACUGGUACAUGGACAGUCUGGUCCCAGCUGAGAUAAGCCUGGGAGUCACACAUCACCUGUACCCAGAGUAUUACCUGUUCGGCACAGAGGCGUGCUCGGGCUGGAACCCUCUCGACAGAGGGGUGAAGCUGGGUAGCUGGGACCGAGCUGAACAGUACGCACACGACAUUAUAGAGGACUUAAAUCAUUAUGUGGUGGGUUGGACUGACUGGAACUUGGCGUUGGACCAGACUGGUGGGCCAAACUGGGUGAAAAACUUUGUAGACAGCCCUGUUAUAGUGGAUUCAAAACGUGAUGUUUUCUACAAGCAGCCCAGCUUCUAUAGCAUGGCCCACUUCAGUAAGUUCCUGUGGGAGGGGUCUCAGAGAGUGGGCGUGUCCACCAGUGAAGAAACCCACCUGGAAUAUUCUGCCUUCAUCAGACAAGAUGGCUCAGUAGUGCUCAUCGUACUCAACAGGUCAUCAUCGGUGAUCAGGUUUGAAGUUUGGGAUCCAGCUGUAGGCUACAUACCCUCCAUUGCUCCGGCUCAUUCAGUGCUCACACUCACCUGGACUGGAACACACACUGAUCAGUAAUACGAGUCCAUGACACAAUAAGUAUGCAUGUCAAGCUGGAAGCUUCCCACCACCCAAGAAAUGAUUAUCUUGAGUACGAGGUUGGUGCCAAACCACUCAUGCAUAUUUUCAUAUUUGGCACAAGAUUACUUUUGUCUGGCUUUUCUGCACAGCUUCAGUGAUUUCAUUUGUAAAUUAACCUUGACAAACCAGAAGUAACCUCAUUUAUGUGAGUAAUAAAACAAUUGCACUGAUUUUUUUUAUUAAGGAAAGGUACUUGAAUGUAGCAGUUCACCUAAAGGGGAACUGGUGCCUUGAGUUGCAGUUAAAAGAUGCUUUAAGUGUCCUACAAAGAAUCAGUAAUGUACAGAUUUUGUUAAUGACUUCUGUUGCUAUUUAAUCUUUGGAUUUUAAAUAAAGCAUAACAUUUUAACGUU